AAAAGAUUUGGAUCUUUCUCAAUAAACAUAGAUUUGAGACGUUUUGAUGGACGCAGCUGUAGAAGUCUCCAAAUUAAAAGUAAAUGGUCUCGAUCACUUCCGGCAACUCUUCAUAGAAAAGUAUUCAAAUAUUUGUCAUCAGACUGUCCUGAAACAUCAAGAUAUGAAACGCAAUCAUUUGAUGCCAGAACAAAAGACAAGGAACGUGCAAAAGAAGUACUGUUUACAGCAGGAAGAUACAAGGAAAGGAACAAAGAAAAGCAAUGCAAAAUUGAUGAGCAAACAUGGAAACGCAGGAAGUUCAAGGACAACUGUUCGAAAAGACAGGGAAUCCCAAAAGAUAUUCUCCAGUAUAUUAUUAUCCGUCUUCUCAAAGAAGUACUGGAGGGGAAUUGGAUCGUUCACAUCGUUUUAAUAUGCUCAUUGUUUGAAACAACAAUAGCAAUGUAUUGUCCGGAAUCAAUGAAAACGUUAUCUCCUGUAAAAGCAUGCCCUUUAAGUGAAAAAGACUGGCUUUCUGCUUCCGAAAAGAUGAAAUGCGAAAGCAAAAACCAAACUUGCUGUCCAAAGGAAGAUUACAAAUACCACUGUCUUGUUAAUGUUUUCCAAAACGAAACAUUUGAACUGUGUGCACCAAGAAUAAGAUUAAAUUACUGUCUUCAGUAUGACGAUUAUGGAGCUAGAGUUCAGAUUAACUUCCAUGCUAAUUGUACCAAUACGUCUUCUGAUUGUGGGAAGUUUUAUGAUUCCAAUAAGGCGUAUGAAAUGCCAAAUUGCCUGAAAUUGAAAUUUGAGAAAAAUGAUGGAGAAGCAGAUGUAAAAAGACCAGAAAUUUCGAAUGAAAGUAAUUUUACUGGAUUAUAUGUUGCCAUCCCCACGACCAUAACUUUGGCGUUGAUAUUAAUUUUGCUAUGGAGAAAGACAGUUUUAACAAAUAUUGUAUGUGAUUGGGUUAAUUGUAAAACCACAAGACGGAAUCAUUUGCAGCAAAAUGGAGAAAAUGAAGAAAUGAUCUGA